ACGUACGUACGUCGUACGUACGUACGGCCGGUAAGCCCGGCCCGGUAUACGGCCUACAAAGCAACUUUUAAACAUCGCAGGGGACGAGGAAACGUCGAUUUAAAUCGCGAACCAUCAGUUUAAUUUGGUAAAAUAAGGACAAUUACCUGAUCAGUUUUAAUCAAGUGGAGGUUUCUCCACAUUACCCUUUCAGUUUGUUUGAAUUUGAGCGUUGCAUGUGCCCAUAUUUUGGGCCUAAAAGGAGGGGUGUUUCUCAGUUCUUCUUGUAAAUCUAAAAUGGCUUGUGCGACACUAAAACGGACUCUCGACUUUGAUCCACUUCAUAGCCCUGGAACCUCCCCAAAAAGAAGAAGAUGUUCACCCAUAAUCACUCCGUCAACACCAACUUCUAGAAAUAGUCUUCAACAAUCACCAUUUUCUCCAGUAACACCUAGAAUAUCACCAGGCCAGCUUGCAGCUCACAUUAGUCAAGAAUGGCGAAGGAUAAAGCGAAGGAAACGGUUGGAAGAUUCGUACAGCACCGAGUCACCUGUAUCAUCAGAGAUGAUGGAGCAAGCAUCAAGGUUUGGUCUAACAUCGGGAUGCUUCUCACCACCAUCCACAUCCACCAAUCCUAUGCCCAACUUGCCUUCAGGCUCUCUACAACAAACACAAACCAAAGAUCAACCCAUGUUCACUUUAAAACAGGUUAUCCUAAUAUGUGAACGGAUGUUGAAGGAGCAAGAAUCUAGGAUACGUGAGGAGUAUGAUAAAGCCCUAACGUGCAAGUUAGCUGAGCAAUAUGAUGCAUUCGUAAAGUUCAACCAAGAUCAGAUUCAGCGUCGCUUUACCUCUACAAGCAUGAGCUAUGUCUCAUAAGUCUACCCCAAGUGCAAUGAUGAAAAGUAAAGAUGUCGAUACAGCUCUAUCAAAUCAACCUAUCGUACUCUUAAGGACUCGCAAUGAUACGCUCAUGGUUAUAGCUACUACUCCAGAAGAUGACCAGCUGCUGCUUUGGAUGCAGUUGAUCCAGAAUAAAUGGAAAUCUAACCAAUAAAACCCAACCAAUGGAUCGCUUCAUUCUGGCUGCGCUACCAUUUACAUGUACAUGUAGUAGUUCUCCUGUAAUGGUUCAUAUUGAAUUCCCUGUUGCAUAUUCCCGUACAUGUGACUUCUGCACUCCCUGACAUGUUGAAGAUGAGGAUGCUCAAAGCCUUUUCCAACUUGUCAACAAGCCCAGCAUUGUCAAUGAAUAUUCAGCUGUGUUCAAUGCAUUACGAGUAUACUGGAAAAUUUUAUUCAACAUUCUGAAAAAUGUACUUCUUACUUUAUAAAGGCAAUGGGGAAAACUUAGAACGUAUUAAUUGGUAAAGAGAAGGGAAUAGAACAAACGUGAUGUUAUAUAUUUUUAAAUUAGACCCAGUAUGGCAUUCACCUCUAGUGGUGUAUAGUCACAUUUUACAUGACAGAUGAAUGGUGCAUUGAGCGAUCGCAAUUCAUAUUAUUUUAGGGUUUGCAUUGUGAGUGUAUUGUAUUUUGAAAUUGAUAACCUCUGGAGUGUCCACAAUGAAUGCCACUCAUGGAAGUGUGAGAAACAAAAUGACUUACAUUGGACAAAUUGAAUGAAAGUAUGUACUGCCUUUGUGAUUUAUGAUCGAGGUGUCCUCUGUGACCAGGAAAAAUAUUUCAAGAGUUGACAAACAGAACUGUGCAACUCAAUUUUGGGCUAUUUUGAGUUUUUUAUACCAAUAUAACACCUACAUUGAAAAACAAAGCCAUAACCCAAAGACUUGCUUUGGCUAUAAACCAAAAUAACACUUUACCUCGCAAGCACGCUUGUUUUUAACUUAAACUCUUGGAGUUCUGACAUUCUAUUUGGUUUCACUUUUCUCAAAAUCACAGAUCUUGAGUUGAGAUGAUCUGUUUGUCACCCCUUGAUUUCUAGAAUUCAUAAAUGAAUGAAUUUGAUAUUGGUGCCAAUGAAAAGCCUGCGCUUUAGGGCACGCUCAGACAUGGUGUGCCUGCACUCUCGUAACAAAUAGUCCGUAGACAGAAGACCGUUUGUUUGCCCUGUAUAAUGCUGUUGACAAAGCCCCCCCCCCCCCCCCAUAAAAAAAUAAAUCAACAGAUGAAUGAAUAAAGAUUAAUAUACAAAUAGAAUAAAAUAAACAAAGUAAAUAUAAUAAAAAUGCCAAGAAAAAACUGUAAUAGAAGGGGAAAAAAGAAUUGGAUCAGUCGGUCAGAUUUGUUUCUUGUUAGUCUAAUGUUUGCUAUGGGGGCAACUCGAUGUAUUCAUUAUCAUUAAUCUUAUGCAUGCAGAAGGGACUCCACACGUAUAAUUGUGCUAGCAUGUUAUAUAAUAGAGAUGGAAGGGUAUGUUGAACGCAAUUGUCCCCUGCACCAUUUGCCUUUUACAAUAUGUUUUAAAAAAAAAUUAAGGUCAGUCAUCCCUCCCCAAAAACUAUAAUUGAAGGAUAAAGGUUGGCCAGUUAUACAAAGGUUAUAGCUUGAUGGGUUUUUUUUUUAUACUCCAUAUCUGAGAAAGCCUUGUCCUUUUUUUGUGUUAUUUUGAUAUGCAUAGGCCUCGGGAAUUGUGCACUUCAAUUUAAUUAAUGACUAAAGAAAAAAAAAUUAACCCUUCAAGAAUGAUUGUAUUAAACAUUUAAAAUUUUGAAAUAUUUUCCUUUGUCUUGGUGAUGAAAUCCAGGUGUUGUGCGAUGGAUUACAUUAUUAUAACAAAUGGAGUUUUGGUAUUAUGUUGGAAGGUCAUGUGCAGCUUUUCGUUGACACCAAUUGAAGACAAACAUUACAAUUCGAUGACGAGACGCCAACAUGUAAAGUUGAAUUGGAGUGUUUGAAAUAUUCCUGUUUCCUGUCGCGCUUUGAGAGUACAAGUGUACAUGUUCUGUAUUAGGGCAUUGCUGGCAUAGUAUACAUUUUACUUAAACAGGCAAAAGCCUCUCAAUCUACGUAAACUCCAUAUUGGAUUAUUUGUGUUGAAGCAUUCUGUUGUUACAUAAUAAUAUUAAUUGAUAUUUUCACACUUUUUUAUGCGUUGAACGGUUGUGGCUUGUGAGGAUGGGAUUGUGUAUAAGGAUGGAAGGUAUGGUUUACUGCAUUAUUCUGUCUCUAUCAUUGUAAAUAUUAAAGCUCUUAUGAUAGGGCCGGCUGCAUAGUUAUCAUCUUUCCCCGUUUUGUUUGUUACGGUGCUAUCAAUUUCUGGCCAACAUUCUUGAAACUUUAAAAGAGCAGUUUAAGAAAAAAGUGUGAAUUAUUUCAUGAUAUCGUUCUUAUUUAUUCUUCCUUCUUUUCAAUUUAUCGUUUCCUUUGUUCAUAAAUCCUUGGUUAUGUAAACAGUAGAUUUUAGUUACUUGUAAAUAGAUUGAAUUGUUUUAUUUGAAAGGAGAUAACAAAACAAGGAUCAUAAGGAUGAUGAAAGUGUGUGCAUGUUGAUUUUAUUCCAUAAACCAGUGUUAGAUAUUUUUAGUGAAGUUUUUUCUGCUUUCCUUUAUUUUCUGUGGUGUCACUAGGCCAUGAUAAAGUAGCUCAUCAAUAUCGAUGUUGAAUGUGAUAUUUUGACAAUCGAUACAAUGCACUUGUCUGACAUCAGCUAUAAGUGCGGUUUCCCUUUAAUGUCUCUCUUUAGAUUAAAGACAUGGAAAAAUUGUAACUUUACCAGAUAAAAGUCUUCUGCAUGGGUUUUUAGUUUAGAUGAGACUUUCAGGUCAUUUUCAAAACUUAAACUUGUACGUGUAUGUUCAUUUGAUUUUCAAGUAUGAGAAUGAGCAAGUCUGGUACUUGAGCGGGCAUGGGGGGUUGAAAAUAUAGUUUUGUGCAAUGAGAGCCAGUAUUGAACCAGUGAAGGCAGGGCCUAGCCUGCAAUAUAUAAUGGGCUGAGUUCUAUGUAAAAUAUGUGUUAUAGCAUGAUCAGCCAGUCUCUAUAAGAUUUAUCAAGGCACAGUGAGUACAUAGAUAAAUCGAACCAACAUUAGUUGUUUGAAUAGUUUUUUUUUUUCUUCUACAUGCAUUUUGUGUUUUUCUAAUCAGUCAUUUGUUUUUUCACCUGAUUGCAUAUAUUGAGUAUGAAUGCAUAACCGAAUGAGUAUAAAAUGUUUUUUUUGUGUUCAUUCAAUAAUUUAAUUGUAGCUAAUAUCGAUAGAAUUAUUCCUCAAACUGAGGGGCAUAUAUUUUGUACUUUUUUAAUUAAAAUAAUUUUGUAUAUUAAAUGCAAAGUUUACCAUUUCCAGGCUUCGAUUAUGGUAACUUUUUGCUUGACCAGCAUUUUGUGUAUCGAGUCAUACAGACGAGACAGUUUAUGAGGUAGUGUGAUGAUUUAGGUAUAGGCAAACAUUCUUUUCGCACUAUCAGUCCCCUCGUGGACAUUGUCAGCCUGGAUGAUCAGUGAACUUAUGAGUCUGGAAAUGGUUAGUUCUCAUCGAUAACAAGUACAUGUAUAAAUUAUAAUUUAGCAAAGACCUCAUGUAUAAUGAUAUCUCUGUACAUGCAUAUAAUACAUGUAAAUUUUGUCAUAUAUCUAUAUAUAUCAUACUUGCACCUCUCAUCUUCAAUACAUUAAUUUGUUUACAUAAAAUGCAUAAUAUGACCAUGUUGUUGCUGUAAAUACAAGAAAUAAAAGGUUUAGAUGUUCUACCGUAGUUAAAGUAGCUAAUAUUGGAGAGUAUAUGGAGAGGUGAUACGUACAUGUAUGUAUGAUGCAGGGAUACCGAGUUUGUACUUCUUAUUGUAUACAUUCUUGACAAUAUUAUUUUUCAUUGUUUACAAGUUCUCACAUGAAAAUUAUUAGUGUAAAGGACAAAUAAUAAUCGGUUUCUGGUAUUAAAACCAA